AGGGUAAGGAGACCUCUGGCCCUGGGGCUGGGCCGGGAGGGGGCGGAGCUAAAACAGCAAGUUGGUGCCAGUCCCCUGAGGGCCUCCAGGGGCCUCUGCCUGAGGCGUCAGCAUUUGGCUGUUAGCAAAGGGGGACACCUGAGCUCCAGGGCGGGGAGCCCGCGCCGCCGCGCCCGGGCCGCCGGCGAUGAUCACCUAGGACCUGGCGCGCGCGGGCCGACGGCGGAGGAGCGGGGCGCGGCGACACGCGGCCAUGGAGCGGGCGCCGGCGGCCGAGGAGCCCGCGCCCCCGGGGAGGCGGCGGCGGCGCCGCGACGGCCGGACUCGCACGGUGCGCUCCAGCCUGCUGCCGCCCCCGGGCGCCGAGGACCCCGCGGCGGGCGCGGCCAGGGGCGCGCGGUGGCGCGCGGGCGCCCAGCACCUGGCCGACAACCGGCUCAAGACCACCAAGUACACCCUGCUGUCCUUCCUGCCCAAGAACCUGUUCGAGCAGUUCCACCGCCUGGCCAACGUGUACUUCGUCUUCAUCGCGCUGCUCAACUUCGUGCCGGCGGUGAACGCCUUCCAGCCCGGCCUGGCGCUGGCGCCUGUGCUGUUCAUCCUGGCCGUCACGGCCUUCAAAGACCUGUGGGAGGACUACAGCCGCCACCGCUCGGACCACGACAUCAACCACCUGGGCUGCCUGGUCUUCAGCAGGGAAGAAAAGCAGUACGUGAACCGGUUCUGGAAAGAAAUUCGUGUGGGAGACUUCGUGCGUCUUCGCUGCAACGAGAUCAUUCCUGCGGACAUUCUGCUGCUGUCCUCCAGCGACCCCGACGGGCUCUGCCACAUCGAGACGGCCAACCUGGACGGGGAGACCAACCUGAAGCGGCGGCAGGUGGUCCGCGGCUUCUCGGAGCUCGUCUCUGAAUUCGACCCUUUGACGUUCACCAGCGUAAUCGAGUGUGAGAAGCCAAACAACGACCUGAGUAGGUUCCGUGGGUGCAUCACGCACGACAACGGGAAGAAGGCCGGGCUGCACAAGGAGAACCUGCUGCUCCGAGGCUGCACCGUCAGGAACACGGAGGCCGUGGUCGGCAUCGUCAUCUAUGCAGGACACGAGACCAAGGCGCUGCUGAACAACAGCGGCCCUCGCUACAAACGCAGCCAGCUGGAGAGGCAGAUGAACUGCGACGUGCUCUGGUGUGUCCUCCUCCUCAUUUGUAUGUCUCUCUUUUCAUCGGUUGGACAUGGAUUGUGGACUCAGCGGUAUCAAGAGAAGAAAGCAUUGUUCGAAGUCCCCGAAUCUGACGGCAGCUCUUUGUCCCCGGUCACAGCUGCAGUUUACUCGUUUUUGACAAUGAUUAUAGUUCUGCAGGUGCUGAUCCCAAUUUCGCUCUAUGUUUCCAUUGAGAUUGUUAAAGUUUGCCAAGUGUACUUCAUCAACCAGGACAUGGACUUGUACGACGAAGAGACAGACUCACAGCUGCAGUGCCGAGCUCUGAACAUCACGGAGGACUUGGGGCAGGUCCAAUACAUCUUCUCAGAUAAAACUGGCACUUUAACCGAGAAUAAGAUGGUUUUCCGGAGAUGCACCGUGUCUGGCGUGGAAUAUUCCCAUGAUGCGAACGCGCAGCGUCUGGCCAGGCACCAGGAGGCGGACUCGGACUCGGAGGAGGCGGUGCCCAGAGGGGGCUCGCUGUCCCCGCGUGGCAGCAUCGGGAGCCCUCAGAGCAUCCGGGCGCCACACAGGACCCAGAGCACCAAGGCGCACCGGCGCACGGGCAGCCGGGCGGAAGCCAAGUGGGCCAGCAUGCUGUCCAAGCACACGGCCUUCAGCAGCCCCAUGGAGAAAGACAUCAUGCCCGACCCAAAGCUGUUUGAGAAGGUGAGUGAAUGUGGCAGGUGUCUGGCCGUCGCGAGGCACCAGGAUCACCCACUGGCCCACCUCUCGCCUGAGCUCUCUGACGUGUUUGACUUCUUCAUCGCGCUCACCAUCUGCAACACAGUGGUGGUCACGUCCCCAGAUCAGCCACGACAGAAGGUGAGGAUGAGGUUUGAGAUGAAGUCCCCGGUGAAAACCAUAGAAGACUUCCUCCGGAAGUUCUCGCCCAGCCGCCUGGGGAGCAGCGUGGGCAGCCUGGCCACCAGCAAGUCCAACCACAAGUCAGCGUCCAGCUUCCUGUCGGUCCUGUCCUCGGACAGCGCCCUGUUCAAGCUGGAGGAGAAGCUGGGCCCGCCGUCCCCCGCGGUCGCCAGCAACAGCUACAGCCACGGGGAGGACGGCUGGGCCCCGGGACAGGAGCCGAAGCCCGAGCUGCGCUACGAGGCCGAGAGCCCCGACGAGGCGGCGCUGGUGUACGCCGCCCGGGCCUACCACUGCGCGCUGGUGGACCGGCUGCACGACCAGGUGUCGGUGGAGCUGCCCCACCUGGGCAGGCUCACCUUCGAGCUGCUGCACACGCUGGGCUUUGACUCCAUCCGCAAGAGGAUGUCGGUGGUGAUCCGGCACCCACUCACCGACGAGAUCUACGUCUACACCAAGGGGGCGGACUCUGUGGUCAUGGACCUCCUGCUUCCCUGCUCCUCAGAUGAUGCCAGGGGCAGGCAUCAAGAAAAAAUCCGCAGCAAGACUCAGCAUUACCUCAACCUGUACGCGGUGGAAGGCCUGCGGACCCUGUGCAUCGCCAAGAGGGUGCUGAGCCAGGAGGAGUACGCCUGCUGGGCACAGAGCCACCUGGAGGCAGAGUCCUCCGUGGACAGACGGGAGGAGCUCCUCUUCCAGUCAGCCACCCGCCUGGAGACGAACCUGCACCUUCUGGGUGCCACGGGGAUUGAAGACCGCCUGCAGGACGGGGUUCCCGAAACCAUCGCCAAGCUGCGGCAGGCAGGCCUGCAGAUCUGGGUUCUCACGGGCGACAAGCAGGAAACAGCCAUUAACAUCGCUUACGCCUGCAAACUGCUAGACCAGGACGAGGACGUCCUCACCCUCAACGCGGAGUCCCAGGAGGCGUGCGCGGCCCUGCUGGACCAGUGCCUACACUACAUGCAGGCCAGGGGCCCUCCGAGCGCCCCAGAGAAGACCUCGGGGAACGUGAGCGUGAGGUUCUCCCCUCUCUGCCCGCCUUCUGCGACCGCCACCUCCAGGCCCUGCCCAAGCCUCGUGAUCGAUGGGAGAAGUCUGGCCUACGCCCUCGAGAAAACCUUGGAAGACAAAUUUCUCUUCCUCGCUAAACAGUGCCGAUCGGUCCUCUGCUGUCGCUCAACACCCCUGCAGAAGAGCAUGGUGGUGAAGCUGGUCAGAAGCAAGCUCAAGGCCAUGACUUUGGCCAUAGGCGAUGGAGCCAACGAUGUCAGCAUGAUCCAGGUGGCUGAUGUGGGUGUGGGCAUCUCAGGCCAGGAGGGCAUGCAGGCAGUGAUGGCCAGCGACUUCGCCGUGCCCAGAUUUCGGUACCUCGAGAGACUGUUAAUUGUUCACGGACACUGGUGUUAUGCCCGACUUGCCAACAUGGUGCUGUACUUUUUCUACAAAAACACGAUGUUCGUGGGUCUCCUAUUCUGGUUUCAGUUCUACUGUGGCUUCUCUGCGUCUGCCAUGAUCGACCAGUGGUACUUGAUCUUCUUUAACCUGCUCUUCUCCUCGCUGCCCCAGCUCGUGACUGGGGUGCUGGACAAGGACGUGCCUGCCGACCUGCUGCUGGCCGAGCCGCAGCUGUACAAGAGCGGCCAGAACAUGGAGGAAUACCGGCCCCGUACCUUCUGGUUGAACAUGGCUGACGCCGCCUUCCAGAGCCUGGUCUGCUUUUUCAUUCCUUACCUGGCCUACUACGACUCCGACACAGAUGUGUUCACCUGGGGGACCCCCAUCACCGCCAUUGCUCUGCUGACCUUCCUCCUGCACCUGGGCAUUGAAACCAAGACCUGGACCUGGCUCAACUGGACGGCCUGCGGCUUCAGCACCCUCCUGUUCUUCGCCGUGGCGUUUGUCUACAACAGCUCCUGCGCCACGUGCUACCCGCCCUCCAACCCCUACUGGACGGUGCAGACGCUGAUGGGCGACCCCGUGUUCUACCUGACGUGUCUCAUCGCGCCCAUCACUGCCGUGCUGCCCCGAUUGUUUUUCAAAGCUGUGCAGGGGACCCUGUUCCCCACCCAGCUCCAGCUGGCUCGCCAGUGGUCCAAGCGGUCCCCCAAGAAACUCGGCGCUCUCAGCAACACUCAGGGACACCUCCCGGGAGAGCCGAGGCCUGAGCCGUCAGAACACAGUUGCAUCAGUGACUCAGGGCCUGUCUCCCAGGACUGUACCUCGAAGGUGUCUUGGCACACGCCACAGCCACCCAGCUCCUCAGAGGCCAGCGAGGAGCCCAGCAUGGUGGACAUGAGCCUGCCUUUGAGGGAGGCCUUGAGCAGUCAGGGCCCGGGAGACUCCAGGAUCAAACCCACCAGCGCCACCAGGACAGUGCCCCUGUCAUCCUUCUUCAGUCUCUCCGGCUUCAGUUCCCUCAACUGGAUUUCCUCCCUGUCCCUGGUCAGCGGGCUGGGAGGUUUCUUACCGUUCUCCCAGAACGGUUUGCAGAUGGACAAGCGGGAAGCUGAGUUCUUGCCCAGCCCCUCGAAGCCGGACCAGGACUUGCGUGAUCUAGGCAAGCAGUCCACCGACUACUUCUAGGAGCCCGGGCCAGGGGACGGCGGAGGUGGAACCGCAAACGGCCUUCUUUUUUUAUAACAUAGAUGUUAAUAUUAUUUAUGUUUAUUAUUUGCACAGAAGAGGUCUAGCCAGAUGCAUUUUGUGUUUCUCAGGCCCGCACCAGAAACAAGAGGUACCAAAAAAAAAAAGAAAGUUUAUUUUUUAAAAGUUCUAAGUAGAGUAUAUGGGGAAAGAAAAGUAAGAGCUUUAAAGUAUAUAAAAGUUUAAAGGAGAGCGCCCCUCGGCGAGUGUGUGCGGAUUUAUUGCCUCCAUCUCAUUUUGUAAGAAAACGCAGUGUGGUUGGUUUUGUUCAGCACGCGUGACCUUGGCUUCCGCCACGUGUGAAUGUGGGUGUGCACAGUAGUCCCGGGUGGGUGUGGGCAGCAGUGAGGGGAGAUGAUGGGGGCCAGCAUGAGACCCCGGCAGCAGCUCCCCCAGUUUGUCCCCCACCCCCACAGCCUGGGAAGGCAAAACAUGAGACCUCAGGAAAAACGCCUGUGUGAAGUUCACCGCACAUUCGAUUCUAAGGUCACCCUUGUGGGAGUUCCAGUCUCUGCAUGGGGUCUGGCCUGUCAAAAUCAUAACAAGCAAUAAACGACU